AUUUCCGGUUCCGCGUGACCCCUUGCCCCCUGCACACCCCGCCCCCACCGAGACGGCGAGCCUCGCCACCACCAAGUGCGCCCUUGAUUGAGUUGUUAAUUGAGUUCGUUGAUUGAGUCGUUGAUUGAGUUCGUUGAUUGAGUUCGUUGAUUAGGGCCGAGUCGGGGGUCAUUAGCGCGGGCUCGGGGGUCAUUGUCGCGUGCGUUCGAGUCCUCCUGUCGGGCCGACAUGGCCACCGCGAGGCCGCUCCGAGCCACGGUCUUGUUGGCGGUGCCGCUGCUGUUGUUGUUUGGAGUCGCCAUCGAACCCGUGCGCGCGGAGUACGGCCUCCUGUACGUGUACGUGGGGGACGCGGAGCACACGGCGGCACACCGCUACUGUGUGCAGUACAACCCGCAGUGGGGGGCCCUCCCCCUGGUCCCAGCCGCAGCUAAAAAGUGGCCCCUGCGCAACGCAUCCCAAUCGCUGCUCUGUAAGGCGGCAGACGUCCCUGCCGGUGGCUUUCACGCUGGUGCUGCCCUGGUGCAACGUGGGAACUGCACGUUCUAUGAGAAGGCGCGCCUCGCGCAGUCCAGCGACGCGCUGGCACUGCUCGUCGUCAGCAAGGAGGAACUGGUGGCUCCCGGUGGCAAUGCAUCGGAUUACGAAAACAUAUCUAUCCCCAUUGCAACUGUGAGCCACAAGGACGUGCUGCUGAUGGGCAAGCUGGUGGUGCCCAAAAAUGCCUCCUUGUUCGUGUCUCUCUCCGCACCCCGCGAGCCGCUGCUGGACUACAACCUGCUGCUGCUCUUCGUCAUCGCCAUGGGAACGGUUGCUGUCGGAGGAUACUGGGCCGGCGUGCGCGACUCCCACGGAAGGCGUUUCAAGUGCAAGCGCGAGGAUGCAGAAGGCGAAGGAGGUGAUGGGGACGGAUACAGUGGUAGUGCGGAGGAGGAGGCUCUGGACGUGUCCCCGCUGAUGAUCUUCAUCUUCUCUGUCAUGUGCUGCGUCAUGCUUCUGCUACUGUUCUUCUUCUACGACUACCUGGUGUACGUGGUUAUCGCCAUGUUCUGCCUCGCCUCGUCCAUGGGCCUUUACUGCUGCCUGGCACCUCUCGUGCGUCAAGUUCCCCUGUGCACGUGCAGGCUCCCGGCCACAUGGCGGCCCUUUCUGGGUGGCCGCCCCCAGGUGCGGCUGCUACUGCUGGGAGCCGGUUGCAUGGCUCUCGCCAUCACGUGGGGAGUGUUUCGCAACCACAGCUGGGCGUGGGUUCUUCAGGAUAUCCUGGGGGUGGCGUUCUGCCUGAACAUGCUUUGUACCGUCCGCAUGCCCAGCUUCAGGAUCUGUGUGCUGCUCCUGGGGAUUCUGUUCUUCUACGACAUCUUUUUUGUGUUCAUCACGCCAUUUCUGACGAGCAAUGGGGAGAGCAUCAUGGUGCAAGUGGCCACUGGACCAUCCAAAUCUACCAGCCAUGAGAUGCUGCCCAUGGUGGUGAAGGUGCCUCGCUUGGCUGCAACCCCACUCUCCAUGUGUUACCAACCCUUUUCCCUGCUGGGCUUCGGAGACAUCCUCGUGCCAGGCCUGCUGGUGGCAUACUGCCACCGCUUUGACGUGCAGGUGCAGUCCUCGAAGCUCUACUUCAUCGCCUGCACCAUGGCGUAUGGGGUGGGGCUCCUGCUCACCUUCCUGGCGCUGGCGCUGAUGCGGAUGGGCCAGCCGGCGCUGCUCUACCUGGUGCCAUGCACACUGCUCUCCAGCCUGCUAGUGGCGUGCUUCCGUGGGGAGCUCGGCAUGUUCUGGAAGGGAACGGGAUACACGGUCAUUUCCAAGUCUUGCGGCAAGAAUGUGGCAGGAACCACCGUACCCACGCUGGGCGAGGAAGCGUCGGAACAGUCUCCAGACUCCGGAGACGAGACACCGGGAAGCGUGCGACCAGGAGGCAAGGUGCCCACCGAAGGUUCCCCGCUGCUCGGGAGUCUUUGAGCAACGGCAAAACUUCCGGGGGGGGCGGCGGCUGCGUUUCUUGUGUGUGCAGAUGAGUCGCGAACAGCGGGACGAGAAGAGGCAGUCGCGUCUGCACGCUACGCUUGACGGACAGUCGGCUUGGGUUUGAGCAACAUGGUAUAAAACACUUUGAACCUUGAAGGGGUGUUUUUUUUCCCUUGUCACUUUUAAUUUGUGAUGACUUAGAAAAGUUACGCGCUGAUUUAUUGUUUUAAUAGUGCUGUACAAAACAAAAUGUAAAAUACAUUAAUAUUUUUGCUAAAGUCAAAAAUCGCCAGCUUUUUUUGUUGUUCAGGGAACCUGGUGAGAUGUUGCAGUGAUUUAUUCAGCCAUGGAGAAAUAUCUACCACGAAGCCAGGCAGCCCAAAGAACAGCCACAUAUCCGGGUGCGUUCCCUUAGGUCGUCCUUAAACCUUCCCCCAUUUAAAUUCGAUGUGCUCACUUGGAGACCCCUACCCAUGAACACCGUUCAUAAAGUUCUUACCUAAUGUAUGCGCUUGCAGAUGGACAUUGAUUGCAGAAGUCGUCAGUUUCACGUGAAUGGUAUCGGGAGUGGCGAGGUUUUUGUUACCAAAAGUAUGGAAACUUACACCUAAGUGUUGUACUGAGUUUGAAAGUAUGGAUGUUUCCAAUUGGAUUGGCAUCCUGGAAGAUGUUUUACUCUUCGAUUUCAAACAAGAUUAUAUUUGGGGAUUGCAGAGAAUGGAGCUCAAAGGUAAGAAUCUGUGACUGCAAUUUAGUUAUUUCUUUUGAAGAUGUUUAUCAAACUGACAUUAACAAAAGCGUCAAGAACAGGAACCAAGAUCAGUAAUUGCCAAUUGCAGCCCGACAGUGUAAAUGAAGCAUUUUGCUCAGGGAGAGAAAUACACCCAUCUCGCCUUUUGUUCUCGACAUUCAUACGUUACGGGUGAUGCUUGAAGCCGCACGGCCGCGACUUGGGUUCACAGGAGGGUAGGGAUAUCAGCUGGCUUUGAACUCCUUGUUGCACGUACCUGCCCUACUUCAAGGCCCUUUUGCAGCCGUGACACCGUGUUCAGGGCCGCUGUGCACAAUUCACUAGACGUAGGUGAUGUAACAUGCAGGGAAAGCCAAUGGGAACCGCCAUCUCGCCCACACCCUGCCCAGAACGCUUCUAACGUGUAUACAAUAGAUCACAUGGUGUGUGUUCCUGGGGUUAGUUUUGAAUGUUUUGCAACUGUGCACACCUGUUAUCUGGGGUGUCUCUUAAUAAGUACCUACGUGCCUUGGAAUUUGCACUUUUAAUCUUGGUGUAAUUAAACGUGCGGUUUAUAAGUUAU